AUGUUUCCGCCGUCCCAGGGCCUCAAUCUCGACAUUGAUGCCAUCAGCGGCAUCACCGGCUCAAUCUCCAUCGCAUGUUGGGUCGUGGUGUUCUCGCCACAGAUCAUUGAGAACUUCCGACGUGGUUCGGCGGAGGGACUAUCGGUCGUCUUUAUUGUCGUCUGGCUGCUCGGCGAUGUCUUCAACAUUGUCGGCGCCGUGCUGCAACGGGUGCUGCCCACAAUGAUCAUCCUGGCCAUCUACUACACGCUCGCCGACAUCGUUCUGCUCGCGCAGUGCUUUUACUACAAGGGGUUCACGCUUAAAGAUGAGGUUAGAAAGCCGGAGGACGAUGAUGAGCCACCGAGAGAGCCGUCGGAAACUUCAGCGCUGCUGGGCCAGUCGAGACCUGCCCACAUCAGCGACUUUGAGGGUGGCAGGCGUCGGUCGUCGUUCUCGUCCUUUACCGAGCGGCUGUUCCACGACGGAGAACAUCUUUCGCCUGCGACGCCGUUUGUCGACACACCCGCGCCAGACACUGCGCGACAGGCUCCUCGUUCGGCACUCAAGUCCGUCCUCUUCAAUCUCGUCGCUGUCAUUCUGGUGUGCGCAGCAGGCUUCCUCGGCUGGCUCUUCACGUACCAGCCACCGGAAAACAACACGGCAAACGAGGGGGAGGACAGCAUACAAUUCAAUGUGCUGGGCCAGAUUGGAGGCUACAUCUGCUGUGUCCUAUACCUCGGGUCUCGGGUUCCACAGUUGUACCUGAACUACAAGCGGCAGAGCACAGAGGGCAUAUCCAUGCUCUUUUUCAUUUUCGCCUGUCUUGGCAACUUGACCUACGUCAUCUCUAUCCUGGCUUAUAAGCCUGUCUGCCACGGACACGGCGGACACUGCAGGCCGGGCGAGGCUGGCGAUAUCUACGGACGGUAUUUCCUCGUCAAUCUUAGCUGGUUGCUGGGAAGCUUCGGAACGCUCUUGCUAGAUGCGGGCGUUUUCGUGCAGUAUUUCAUGUACAAGAAAGACGAUUCAGAUGAGGCUGUGGUGUAA